AUGGCCUGCGCCCCGCUAUCAGUGCGCCUGAGUGGCUGCAAGUAUCUUAGCAGCGCUCCUGCAACAUCGACGCGCCAGUCCUGCCCCACGCACUUUCAACGCUCCAGCUUCUGCUGUGCUGCUAUCAUAGCUACCCACUGUGCGCUCCACCAGCCGCACAAUCGGAGAAAAGCAAAGAAAACAUUACUCACAGGCAUGGGAGCAGUAUUUGGGAGAAGCGAUGUGGAGGAGAUACAGACAUACUUCCGUGGGAAGAUCAUUUGGGUCACUGGUGCCUCCGGUGGUUUCGGAGAAGCACUCUGUGUUGCAUUGUGCCAGAGCUCGCAGCCGGAGGCUUUACUCAUCAGUGCCAGGCGAAACGAGGAGUUGCAGAGAGUUAGGUCCAAGUGCAUAGAGCUCUCACCGAGCGUGAAGGUUGGAGUAGUGCCCAUGGACUUGGAAGAUACUUCCUCCUUGCCUGGAGUGGCCAAGACAGCAAAGGCUCUCUUUGGCCGGGUGGAUAUCCUUGUGAACAACGGAGGAGUGGGUUUCCGUGGUUUAGGUCAAGAAACAUCUAUCGACGUCGACCAGCGUGUCAUGAACAUCGAUUUCUUCGGAGGUGUUGCCCUUGUCAAGGCUCUUCUACCAGACUGGCUAGACAGGCAGACAGGUCACGUGGUGCAAGUGUCUUCCGUCCAAGGCUUCUUUGGGCUUCCUGGCAGAACUGCAUAUGCAGCUGCAAAGCACGCGGCCGUCGGCUUCUAUGAUUCUUUACGUGCUGAAGUUGCAGAGAACGGCGUUUCCGUAACGACAGUAUGCCCGGGGUAUAUAGCGACUGGCCAUAGUCAGAAUGCAUUGCGAGGCGAGGGCGUCAAAUACCCGGAGGGUCAUACCAGCAAAGGUGUUCGUCCCGAGCUUCUGGCACCGAAGGUUCUUGCAGCUGUCGCCCGCAGAAAACCUGAGCUGGUCCCUGCAGCCCUAGAUGCUAGACUGGCCCGCGUUUUGCGGACUUGUUGUCCCAGUUUGUUAUUCUGGAUUAUGAAGAGGCGUGCCCGCAAGGAAGCGCGCGAGCGCAGUGCUGCCACCGAGCCAGACAAUGCAGCCAUCGAGAGUAAGAAAUUGUCUUGA